CAACAAAAACCCUGUCUCUCCAACGGCUCCUUUCAUUCCAACAAAACCCAACAUCAAAAACCCUUUCCUUUCUCAAUCAAAAACCUCAAGAACCGUCUCCAAAUCUUCACAUUUACCAAGCUUUGCUUCUUCUUCUAUCUCGAAUCUCUCCAAAAAUCUGCUAUUAAAGCAUUCAAGAAAUGGAUACAACACCACCUUCUCGUAGAUCAAACCCCAACUCUCAAGCAAAAUCAGCCUCUCGUUUGUCAAGAAUCAUAUACUCUAUCGAACCAGAAGCAAAGCCUCCACAGCUGUCUCUAGACCUUAUCCCUUCUUCGGAAAAGAAAACCCCAUCAAGUCUUUCACUCAAAUCCUCAACCAACUCUCUCCCUCUUCAAGAACAACUCCUCCUCUCACCUUCUCCUUUGAGAAAAUCAAGAAACCGUCUUGUCGACCGGUAUGAGAUUCCGGAGGAGGGUGUUUUAGAGCGAAAUGGGUAUAGAAGGAGAUGCAAAGGUAGAGGAUCUCAGAUGGGUUCUUUAGGUUGUGCUUCACCAAGGAGUGAUAGAAGGUUAAGGAGAAGAUUGGAGGUGGAGAGUAGGGAAGAAAGGGACUUGAUUGGUUUUGUGGAUGAGGUUGGAAAAUUGAGGAAGAGAAGACAUAGCGGCCGGUCUAAGAAGGAGAAGGAGAAGCUCUCUUUAGUCCCUUCAUUGCCUUCUUCUAGCACUACUCCAAUUGAUGAAGGUGAUGGAGGCAAUUUGGAGAGGAUUGGGAUGGUUGUUUAUGAUCUGAUAACGUGGAAAGAUGUGGCAAAAUCAAGUCUUUGGUUUGGUCUUGGAUGCCUAUGUUUCUUGUCUUCCUGCUUUGCUAAAGGGAUUAGCUUUAGCAUUCUCUCUGCCAUUUCACAACUCGGGCUUCUGUUUCUGGGUGUAUCAUUCCUCUCGAAUUCGAUAUGUCAAAGAAACAGUGUUGAGAAGCUGAGAAAAUUUAAGCUGACAGAAGAGGACAUUUUGAGAGUCGGUAGAUUGAUACUUCCAGCUGCAAAUCUUGCAAUUUCAAAGACAAGAGAGUUAUUCUCAGGAGAGCCAUCCAUGACCCUCAAAGUGAUUCCUUUCUUGCUUCUUGGUGCGGAGUAUGGUCAUCUUGUAACUUUGAGGAGGCUUUGUGGAAUUGGGUUUUUCAUUAGCUUCACCAUACCAAAACUAUUUGCUUGCUAUUCUAGUCAGAUUAACCAGAAAGCUGAGCACUUGAAAUGCCGGAUGAUGGAAGCAUGGAGAGCUUGUUCUCACAAAAAGAUGGUGGCAGCAUCAGCAGUCACAGCUUUCUGGAAUCUGUCAAGUCUCAAAACCCGUAUAUUUACUGCAUUUAUAUCUUUGGUAAUACUACGAUGCUGCCGGCAACAACAAAUGCCAAGCCAGGAAGAAGGGGGGCUACCGCCAACACAAGUAGAAGGGGUGGCAGAAGGAGAACAAGAGCCACAACAGGCAGGAGUGGCAGUGGCCUCCCUAAAUCAGUAGGCAUCUUUGCCAUUUCUAACAACAAUAACUUGCACUAACAACAAUAUGAGAGGCAUUGCGUUGUACUCUAUAAAACUAACACUUACUAUGGACAAAGAACGAUCCCUCCAUUUUAUUAUGUACGUAAUAAGAUAUCGUAUUUCAAUCU